AUGUCGAAUUUCUUGGACCCAGAAGUGGUAGCUGAAGCAGACCUUGGCCUCUUUGACUGUGUGGACCCCGAGGGUUGGGUCUCAGCGGAUCUUUUUGUGGAAGCAGAGGAAGAGUACCUUACUCAUGCUUUUCCAGGUGGACCGACUAAUCCAUCAAUACUGCGGAGUUUCAAUAGUCAUGUGGCUGCAGCUAUUUGGCACGGGGAGAUCCUUGCAUGGCCAUGGUGGUUAGUAGAGAACAACACCAGAUUCAAAGCCAUUAUUGAGCAGCCUGGACUGUCACAGUUAGCUCGUUUCACUUAUCGGUUCGUCAACAAGCUUCUAAUCUCCAGUUUUGUUGAGAGAUGGCAACCUGAGACGACCAUAUUUCAUAUGACAGUUAGUGAGAUGACCUUGACCCUAGAUGAUGUUGGCACUAUUCUUGGUCUUCCCAUUGUAGGCAAAUCAGUCAGCAUACCAGAUGUGACAGAUCAUCAUGGAGUUACAUUACUCGUUUAUGGCUUGGGGAUUACUGAACGUGCAGCACAUGAAGAGGUUUCUUCUGCUGGUGGUAAUUCAGUCAGGCUUGAAUGGUUGCGAAGUCAGCUUGCUGGUGUUACAAAUUCAGACCCCGAGGAGGCUAUAUAG